CAGGUUACAAAACUCCGGCUUGUGUAACAUGAAAUGUGCUGUUUGGUAACCGGUACUGUCGGCGUGGUAGCAGCCGUACCGUGCAGUGGCACAUAUGCCUUUUAACGUAGGUUAUUUGUCAGUGUCAUCGUUUAAAAUAAGGUGUCGAUAGAGUCACCUUUGACUGGGACAUGUCUUCUCCGGGCGACAGCAAAGCGGAGGUGAGGAAGCUGCUGAGGGAAGUGCUGGUGGGUCGAGAGGAUCCGGACGGCUUCUUCGCGAUGUGCGUCUCCCUUCUGGGGCACCAGGAGACCCGCUCCCACUUCCUGACCCUGGUCCAACCGCUGAGCUCGGCCAACAGGAGUCUCCACGCCAGCCUCGCCUCCAUCUACGAGGAAUACUUUUCUCAGUCGGAUAAAGCUCUGGAUGAAGAGCUGGAUGCAGAACUGGAACUCGCGCUGACUCUUUCUCUAGCUGAUGUUCAGCCACAGCCAACACCGACCCAACAAUCCAAACCUCAGCACCAGAAGGGACUUGACCAUACAUGGCCCACGAGCAGCCAGCGGGGACCAGAACCGUUUCAGUCAUUGACACAAAGUUGCAGAUCUGCUCUUCAGAAGAACCGGCCCUGCGAAGCAAACAGGCAUCAGACAGCAGAACCAAAUCGGAGUCGCUCUGUGUCCACCUCACCAGAUCAGCAGGUCCUGAGCAGUGACAAGGAAGAGCUGGACCACAAACCGAAGCGCUCCAAGAAUCGACGCCAGCGACGUAAAGCAGCGGCUCACCAGCAUGUCGUUGGUUUACUGUGCUCUCCUUCUGCGACUCCUCCUGUUCUGCUGUGGUUCCGCCGGGACCUCAGACUUUGUGACAACCCUGCUCUCAUCGGAUCACUGCAGGCAGGUGCACCGGUCAUACCUGUCUUCAUCUGGAGCCCAGAAGAGGAGGAGGGCCCUGGGAUCACUGUUGCAGUGGGUGGAGCUUGUAAAUACUGGCUGCAUCAAGCUCUGUCCUGCUUGUGCUCCUCCUUGGAGCGGCUCGGCAGCCGUCUGGUGUUUUCAAAGGCCGAUGCCAGUGGUUCUGGAGCAUCUCUGAAGGAGCUAGCGAAGGAGACAGGAGCAAGGACGGUGAUGGCGAACGCGCUUUAUGAACCGUGGCUGAAAGACAGAGAUGACUUGGUGGCGUCAGCCCUGCAGGAGGACGGGGUCAUGCUGAAGAUGUUCCACUCCUACUGUCUGAGGGAUCCUUAUUCUGUCAGCACAGUGGGGGUGGGCUUACGAGGAAUCGGCUCUGUGUCUCACUUCAUGAGCUGCUGCAGGCAGAACCCGGGGUCACCACUGGGGACGCCACUGGAUGCACCUGAGUCUGUGCCCACCUCCAAGCACUGGCCCCAGGGCGUUUCGCUGGAGCAGCUAAAACUGGCUCGCAUGCCUCGCAGGAAAGAUGGCACCACGAUUGACUGGGCGGCCAACAUCCGUAAAUCCUGGGACUUCAGCGAAGACGGCGCUCAUGCCCGACUGGAAGCUUUUCUGCAUGAUGGUGUGUACAAGUAUGACAAGGAGUCUGGAAGAGCAGACGCUCCCAACACCAGCUCUCUGUCCCCGUACCUGCACUUCGGUCAGCUCAGUCCUCGCUGGCUGUUGUGGGAUGCCAAAGGGGCUCGCUGUCGACCCCUGAAAUUUCAGCGCAAACUGGCAUGGAGAGAUUUGGCAUACUGGCAGCUGAUUCUUUUCCCAGACCUGCCCUGGGAAUCCCUCCGACCGCCAUACAAGUCUCUCCGCUGGAGCACAGAGCGGAAGCACCUGAAGGCUUGGCAGAGGGGUCGCACUGGUUACCCGCUGGUGGACGCUGCCAUGAGGCAGCUGUGGCUGUCUGGCUGGAUGAACAACUACAUGAGACACGUGGUGGCGUCUUUCCUGAUCGCAUAUCUGCAUCUGCCGUGGCAGGAGGGCUACCGCUGGUUCCAGGACACUCUGGUUGAUGCAGAUGUCGCCAUCGAUGCCAUGAUGUGGCAGAAUGGCGGCAUGUGCGGUUUGGAUCACUGGAACUUUGUCAUGCACCCGGUGGACGCCGCAAUGACCUGCGACCCGUACGGCACCUUCGUGAGGAAGUGGUGUCCGGAACUGGCGGAUCUGCCCGACGAGCUCAUUCACCAGCCAUGGAAGUGUCCCGCCUCCAUGCUCCGACGCGCCGGUGUGGUGUUGGGCCAGAACUAUCCGGAGAGAGUGGUGACGGACCUGGAGGGGAGGCGGACGCAGUCGUUGCAGGAUGUGGCUCUGGUCCGGAAGCGCUUCUCCAAAUACGUGGACAAGAGGACGGGCUGCGACCUGGUGCCGCUUCCCCCGCGCCUGGUCUCCGAAGCCCUGGGUUUAUCUCGUAUAGUGGAGUCGGACAGCUUCCUCCUGCCUCUCAUCACGCGCAUGGAGUUCAAGCAUCAGCUGGACGAUCCGGACGGGGACGCCGCAUCCAACCCGUACAACGCCGUCCUGAAGGGAUACGUGAGCCGGAAGAGAGACGAGACCAUCGCGUUCAUGAACGAGAGGGACUUCACUGCCAGCGUGAUGCACGAAGGGGCACAGAGGAGGGAGAGACUGGAGGGCGACCUCCGCAGGCUGGAGGGACUUCCUCCACCUCCUGCUGCACGAGGGAGAGCCAGAAGAACCCCCACCACCAAAGACAGAUUCUCCAUUGUACCGGGAGGAGCCGUGUCUUCCCACAGGUGACAUGAAGGGACAACAGCCUUUUUGUUUACAUUACUGACUGUUUACCAUUUAUUUUUUAAAGCUGUGAGCCUGACUAUAAUAGAGCGUCUGGCAUAUUUGGGUUUGGGGCAAACAUGGAUUGCUUGGUUUCCCUUACCUACUCCGGUUUCCUCCCACAGUCCAAAAUCGUACAGAGGUGCCUCUCAGUUGUCUGUAGGUCUAUGAGGGACCUGUCAAUCACUGCCUCGCUUUAUGCAGCUAGAAUGGAAUUAGGCUAACAACACCCUCGAAGCCCUUGAAGAACAGGCUCAGACCUUCCUGGUGCUAUUUAUCUACCUCAAAGUAAGUUAAGAGUUUAAGAGUCUGGAAGAUCACUGGACUAGUCUUGUCAGGAAAAGUGGAUUCAAACAUUCUGGUUGACGAAUAUUCAUGACAAUAAUGGUGUUGGAGUGAUACGUAAGUGUUGUAAACCAAUAAAGAGUUUUUUCCCAGGAACAGUUGGAGUGAAAUCUGUUCAUACUAAUAAGCAAUAACAUUACGACCACCUGUCUUAA